UUUGAAUCGGAUGAUACUGUUCUUUUAGUUGGCGAAGGGAAUUUCAGUUUUGCUGCAUCUCUCAUACAAGAACUUUCUGGAACCCUUCAUCUCACAGCAACUAGCUACGAUUCUCACUCUACUGUGGUGUCCAAGUAUCCCGAUUCAGUAGAAAAUCUGGCACUUCUUGCUGAUUGGGAAUCCACUACUCUCUUCAACAUUGAUGCAACCGUCUUGCAUAAAACAAAACUGCUAAAAUCAAAACGCUUUGAUUGCAUUAUCUUUAAUUUUCCACAUGUUGGAUUGGGUAUAAAGGACCAAACUCGUAAUAUCCAGCAAAACCAGACACUCAUCAGUGAUUUUUUGGCUUCGGCCAUGCAUCUCCUUACUUCUCGAUCGCUUUACGGAGAUUCAAAAGAUGGUGUGAUUUACAUUACUGUCAAAACAGGAAUGCCAUACGACUUGUGGGAUGUUAAAGGGUUAGCCAAGGCGAAUGGAGGCAUGAGUUGUUUAAGAUCGUUUGUAUUUCAUCCUGAAGCGUUUCCUGGAUACUCGCAUCGUAGAACAAUUGGAUUCUCCGAAGGACUGAGUACGGAUGAUAAUAGCGAGAUCUUGAAGCGACCGUCUAGAACAUAUGCUUUUACUGUA